CUGGUUUCCUGGGUGCAUCGAUGUUCAUCACACUUCGAUUCGUCUCGCAGCAUGCGCUUCCUCACCGCGCUGCGCCGCCCGUCGGUCCUGUCGCGCCACCUCCGCGCCGCCGGCUUCUCGGCCGACGCGGCCAAGGCCGCGCCCAGCAUGGAGCUCUUCGAGAAGUUCCCGCACCCCGCGGGCUUCAUGGACAACCUGCGCAACAUUGGUAUCUCGGCCCACAUUGACUCGGGCAAGACGACGCUGACCGAGCGCAUCCUCUUCUACACCGGGCGCAUUAACGCGAUCCAUGACGUGCGCGGCAAGGACGGCGUCGGCGCCAAGAUGGACUCGAUGGACCUUGAGCGCGAGAAGGGCAUCACGAUCCAGUCCGCGGCCACGUACGCGACGUGGAAGACGUCCAACAUCAACAUCAUCGACACGCCGGGCCACGUCGACUUUACGAUCGAAGUCGAGCGUGCGCUGCGUGUGCUCGAUGGCGGUAUCCUCGUGCUCUGCGGUGUCUCGGGCGUCCAGUCGCAGUCGCUCACGGUCGACAAGCAGAUGAAGCGCUACGGCGUCCCGCGCAUUGCGUUCAUCAACAAGCUCGAUCGCAUGGGCGCCAACCCUUGGAAGGUCGUCGGCGACCUCCGCAAGCAGCUCAAGCUCAACGCGGCCGCGGUCCAGAUCCCGAUCGGUGCCGAAGACGCUCUUGAAGGCGUUGUCGACCUUGUCAAGAUGCAGGUCUACCGCCACGAAGGCCCGAGCGGUGAGACGAUCGUCGUCUCGUCGGACAUUCCCGAGGAGCUCAAGGAACUCGCGGCGGCCAAGCGCCAAGAGAUGAUCGAGCGCCUCGCCGACGUCGAUGACGAGAUUGGCGAGCUCUUCCUCAUGGAAGAAGAGCCGACGGUCGAGCAGCUCCAGACCGCGAUCCGCAAGGCCACGAUUGCGCACAAGUUUGUGCCUGUCUUCAUGGGCUCUGCCUUCAAGAACAAGGGCGUCCAGCCGAUGCUUGACGGUGUCUUGGACUACCUCCCGUCGCCGCACGAGAACCAAAACAUUGCGCUCGAUCAGUCCAACAACGAGCAGCCCGUGGUUGUCCCGUGCUCGCCCGACGCGCCGCUUCUGGCGCUCGCGUUCAAGCUCGAAGAAGGUCGCUUUGGCCAGCUUACGUACAUGCGUAUCUACUCGGGCACGCUCAAGCGCGGCGGCUUCAUGUACAACAUGUCGAACGGGAAGCGCAUCAAGGUGCCGCGCCUCGUCAAGAUGCACUCGAACGAGAUGGAGGACGUCGACGAAGUCACGGCCGGCGAAGUCGUGGCCAUGUUCGGCGUUGAGUGCGCGUCCAUGGACACGUUCUGCGACUCGGGCUCCAACAAGCUGACGCUCACGUCGCUCCACGUGCCGGAGCCGGUCAUGUCGCUCGCGAUCAUUCCCAACAACAAGCAGAACCUCAACAACUUUUCCAAGUCGCUCAACCGCUUCCAGCGCGAAGACCCGACGUUCCGCGUCCGCGUCGACGACGACUCGAAGCAGACGAUCAUCUCGGGUAUGGGCGAGCUCCAUCUCCAGAUCUACAUUGAGCGCAUGAAGCGCGAGUACAACGUCGAGGUCGAGUCGGGCGCGCCGCAGGUCAACUACCGCGAAACCGUGCGCCAGAAGGCCGACUUCAACUACCUCCACAAGAAGCAGUCGGGUGGGUCGGGUCAGUACGCCCGUGUCACGGGCUACGUGGAGCCCAUCUCGGACGAGGAGAUCGAAGCCGGUGAGGCCCCGGUCCAGUUCCAGAACGACAUUAUCGGUAACGCGAUCCCGCCCGAGUACAUCCAGGCGUGUGAGAAGGGUGUGAACGAUGCUGUCGCCAAGGGCUGGCUCCUCGGCCACCCGAUCACGCGCCUCCGCGUUGUUAUCACGGACGGCCAGGCCCACGCCGUCGAUUCGAGCGAACUUGCUUUCCGCACGGCCAUGGUGCAAGCUAUCCGGGCGGCCUUCACCAAGGCCAACCCGAGCGUGCUCGAGCCGCUCAUGACGGUCGAAGUCGACGUCCCGAACGAGUUCCAGGGCGGCAUCAUCGCUGAACUCAACCGUCGCCGCGGUAUGAUCCAGAGCAGCGAGGCCGACGAGACGACGACCGUCAUCCGCGCCGACGUGCCGCUCCAAAACAUGUUUGGCUUCUCGACCGACCUCCGGUCCUCGACGCAGGGCAAGGGCGAGUUCACGAUGGAGUACAAGACGCACGACUUUGUCGCGCGCGACGCGCAAGAGAAGCUCGUCGCCGAGUACCAGAAGGAGCUCGCGGCCAAGAACAAGUAAUUAGAAGCCAACUACAGAUAGAUAAACGCAAGCACGCAACGUUGUUUGCAUGUGUACUUUACACUUUACAUUUCCCCUGCC